AAUUUCGUCCUAAUGAAUAUUCAUAAUAACAAACAAUUUCUGGUAAAAAAUUUAAUUUGUUUAUGAAUUUUCUAUUUUUACUCGCGCACGUGCAAUUUUAAUUUUUUUUAUUGCAAUUCACUCGUUCGGAGGCACCGUAAAUUACCCAUUUAAAAAUCUCGGAAAUUACUACCUGGAAAGUACAUAACGGUAAUUUUCUUGUGUAUGCGCAACUAGCGGUAAGAAUUAUAAAACUCGAGAGUUGGCAGUUCUGUAGUUUAUUAAACUGCACGCACAAACAAUUGCGCAGAUACCGAAAGUUAUUUAAAAAGUGCAAACCGAAAAAUUCCCCAUCAAACUCUCAUUUUUCUCUCUCACUUUCACGAUUCAUUAUAGCUCCAUCACAAUUUGUUAUUAACAAUUUAAGUAAUUGAACGAGUGAGCGACGCGCGCAAGGAAUAGACGCUUAACCUCGACGAAUAUAAUUUCAAUUAUAUAUAAUAUUCUAUAUAAAUAUAUAGGGAAUACAUAAAAGAAAAUAUCAAAAUGUCGAGGACAAAAUUAGUGUGCGUUUUUAUUAUCGCGGUUGUUAAUGGAAUUUUUACUGCGGAAUUAUCGAGAUUUAAUCCAGGGUCUAAUGACAUCUGCGGAAAAAAUCAAAUCUGGACCGAAUGCGGAGCCGCGUGUCCAGACAGAUGUAUCAGACAUCCGAACAGAAUUUGUCCAAUUGAAAAUUGCGUGAGGGGAUGCGACUGCAGUCCAGGAUUCGUCUUGGACGAGAAUUUGGAGUGCGUUCAUCCGUCGGAAUGUCCAGGAGGCGGAAUUCACGUCGCAGUUCUGGAGAACAAAUAUUCAUACGGAAUGUAUGAAAUAAUAUAAAUAAUCUACCCCGUUAUUCCAAUAAUUUCAUCAAUAAA